AGCUUCUUUGGGUCAAUACACAUCUCCCGCGUUCAGGGCAAGCGACACUGUCAUUUGAUAUCGUGUAAGUUCCAAUGGGGCUACUGAGCAUGCUGGCGGAACUGACGGCUGCGCUUGUGGCAGUCGCAUGUGCAAGGGGGGAUGGCUUCGAUUCCAGCCUGAUGCAGAUUGCGGCAGUGGAAAAAACCCAAGAACAAACGAACGAACAAUGGACGCGCAUUGCAUAUUCUGAUCCCUCCAUUUCGCAAACUUUAAUUGCAUUGCUUCGAUCACUCCGCCAGCCCAUCUGGCAUCGACGGGGCUGCGUGGCUGUGUGGGUGUGAGGCCACUCGGAUAUCUGAUGGGCCGUCUGUGGCAGCUCUUGGGCCGUCUUGGGGGCCUCCGGCAUUUCUGUCGGGGAUCGGCCAGGACCUUGCUGGGACCAUCCCGGGAUUUUGCCAGGACUGUUCUGGGACCUCGCCGGGGUGUUCGCCACCCCAGGACCCCCAGGCGCGGCUAGGCGCGCGCGAACUAGAACAGUGCUCAGUGCUCAAUUGUUAUCGGAGGUCUGAGCACGCUUGUGGUCCGUUGGGCUGGCGAAUUUUGGACAUGGCGCUCCAAGACAUACAAGCUCUUGCCGCAGGCGCGACGCGGGUCCGCAUAAAUUCAGUUGGGGAUCCUAACGAUGGCGUUGUGAGCACGGCGAACACUUGGCCCAUUGAAGAUGUUCGCUUGGGCCGAAGCAUUGGGGCCGCCCGCACGAUAUCAUCGACACAAGUAUCAGCAAUUUGGUCAGGCACGCAAGUCAACCGCAUGUGGAAGACAUGCUCGGGGAACUAUGUGGCUCUUGAUGUCAUGAUUUACCAAGCGUGUGGAAAUAAUAAUGGACUGCAUUGGGCCAGUUCUACUUCGAAGUGGUCUUUGCUGGGGUCUACGGUGGGGCUUGAGCUCUACAUUGACGCCGCGGCAAGCCCCAGUCCGACGCUCUCCCCGACGGCCAGCCCCACGCCCAGCCCCACGGCUAGUCCCUCGGCCAGUCCGACCUCCAGUCCCUCGCCCAGCCCCACGCCCAGCCCCACGCCCAGCCCCGCGCCCAGCCCUACGGCCAGCCCCACGGCCAGUCCCUCGGCCAGUCCGACGGCCAGUCCCUCGGUCAGUCCGACGCCCAGCCCCACGCCCAACCCCACGGCCAGUCCCUCGGCCAGUCCGACGGCCAGCCCCACGGUCAUGUCGAUGCCAUUGACAGUCGCGGGCAAAGGCGACCCACAUUUGGUGAAUGUGCAUGGCCAGAAGUUCGACCUCUACCAGCCUGGGGUGCACCCACUCAUUCGAAUUCCGAAAGCGACAAGAAAGACUACCGCUCUCCUCGUACUGGCGAGGGCGACUCAAAUUGGGGACGGUUGCAACGAUAUGGCACGGUGGCGGAUUUUACGGAGGUCAACAUCUCGGGCGUGUGGACGCGCCACCGAGCGUCGGGCCUCGCUUGGACCGUGGACUCCAUCGGGCCAGGCCGCGCCAAGUGGAGCACCUUUCACAGCAUACACGUGAAGGUGGUCCGCGGGCAUACCCUGGCUGGCACGAGGUAUUUGAAUGUCUUCGUGCGGGGACUUGACAAGGCCAAGUUUGCAAUCGGGGGCCUCCUCGGAGAGGACGACCACACCGCUGCGAGCACGCGCAGCACCGACUGCAAGAAGACCGUGUCCUUGUGAGGCCCGCGCGCGCACCUGCAAUGGACCCGCUGGCGAUUCUGGGGCCCGUUCCCUCGAGCGCUGCGCGUUGCAGUCGGUCUCUGCGCUUGGAUCACGAAGAGUCCGCAUGGAGCGGGCUCCUGCCACUGAGGGCAGGGUUGGGCCUGUGCCGCCCUAUUUCGGCGCGCCUUGACAUUUUGUCCUCUGGGAUUGCGGAUGAAAAAAGCGCUUCAUCCAUAGUUCUUGAUGCGAUCGAGGGA